AUGGAUCCACAACGCAUCGUCUACAGAGACUUUCCCGCCGACGUGCUGGCGAAUAUCCUGAUGCGCCUCCCGCCCAACACCCGCCGCCGGCUCCGCCUCGUCUGCCGGCACUGGCGCGACAUCGUGGGCACGCGCACCGCCACGAACCUGCGGAGCCGCGCCAAGAUACUCGUCGCCGCGACGGGCACUGCGUACGUCAUCGACAACCUAUCUGCGCCAGUGAAGCCCAGAGAGCUGUGGGCGUUCAUGAGCGUGGUCGGCACCUGCAACGGCCUCAUCUGCCUGUGUGAUGACCAGAAGCUCGGCGGCCCCAUCACCGUGGCCAACCCUGUCACCAGCGAAGCGCUGCGCAUCCCGCCGCUGCCGCCGCCGCGGCCUGGCGCCGACAUGUGCUUUGACAGGAGCUGGCACGCGGCCUACAGCUUCGCGUACCUCCCGACUUCGGGACUGUACAAGAUCGUGCACGUCCCGUGCCACCUGAACGGGUCCGUCUACGACAUGGUGCACGUGAUUACGCUGGGGGAGGCAUCCUGGCGGGGUGUGCCGGCCGGCUCGGGCGCGAGAUGCAGCCUCGGUGACAACGUCGUCAGUGUCGACGGCGUGACGUACUGGACCACGCCGGAGACCGACAAGGUUAUGUCGUUCGACCUCGAGGACGAACGCAUCACGCCCAUCAUGUUACUACCUUCCGUAGUGCUGUCCAGCUCCAAAAAUGGCGGCAGCUGGCACCUAGCAGAGGUGCACGGGAGGCUGGCCAUCGUCUUUAGCAAUUUCUCACCGUCAAUGGAGACGACGGAGGUCUGGGUAAUGCAGGGUCGUACGGCGGGGAAGAUCAGGUGGAGCCGCUGGUACAUCAUCCAGAUGAGAACGCCACGGCACCGGCCGCGGGAGCCGUCGAGAACAAAGAUGCGACGUCUCACGUGGCCGCUCCUCGUCCACGACGAGCAGAUCCUCACAUGGGAGUGGUCGUUGUAUGAACGAGAUCGUGUCUUGUAUAGGCACACACCGAUCGACGAGGACACAAGAAUGGUGAAGCACGGCAUGGUGGAUAUCAGCGACAGGAAUCGGGGGAUAGUGGUUGCCAACAUUAGUAUGGUGCCGCACCGCAACGACCGUCGGACAUUCGCUUACGUGGAAACCAAGGAACCAUUGAGUGCGUACGGACCAGUUCAUCGGUUAGUGUUUUGGCGAGAAAACAUAUUGCGCAGAAUUUUGUUAAAAGGUUGUUAA